AUGGCUCUCCGCACCCUCGGCCCCAAAGCCGCCGCUGCUCUGGAUGAAGAACUCAUGUCAACCGGUGCCUUCACAAUCGACCAAUUGAUGGAGCUAGCCGGUCUGAGCGUUGCUCAAGCGCUACAUAUCCUCUCACCACCAACAAAAUCAUCAAAAGUCCUAGUAGCAUGCGGACCAGGCAACAACGGCGGAGACGGUCUGGUCGCAGCUCGCCAUUUACACCAUUUCGGCUACAAACCCAGCAUCUACUUCCCCAAGCAAGGCAAAGCAGAAAUCUACAGACGUCUGGUAAAGCAACUUCAACACCUUGAAGUUUCAUUCACAGAAGACUUCCAUUCCGAACUGGAGAAGAGCGACUGUGUCGUCGACGCUAUUUUCGGGUUCUCGUUUUCUGGGGAAGUGAGAGAACCUUUUCCUUCUGUGAUCAAAGCUUUGGCGGAGACGCAAGUGCCGGUUCUAGCAGUCGAUGCGCCUAGUAGUUGGAACAUUGAGGAUGGUCCACCUGAUGAUGGGCCUGGAAAGGGGUAUAUGCCUACUGCUUUGAUCAGUCUUACUGCGCCGAAACCGCUGGUGAAAUGGUUCAAGGGCAGGCAAUUCGUUGGUGGAAGGUUUGUAGGAGAGAGGAUCGCUGAGAAGUAUGGAUUUGAUAUCCCGAAGUACAACGGAAGUGAUCAGGUCGUGGAAGUUGGGAAGGAGGGAGCUCUUCUGUAG